GAGGAAGAGGAGGAGUUAGAGGAGGAGGAGAAGCUGAGUCGAGUCUGUAAAUCCACGAUGAGCAGGCUCUGCUGCAGACAACAAGUGUUAGGAGACAGAGAGUGGAGGUAGAGGGAGGAUAAAACCAGCUUACUCCUAUGACACAGAGAGUGAUACGAGGACGGGACGAGAGAGAGAGAGAGAGGAAAAGGAGGUUACCACGGCAACUUGGGGGAUGUUGCUGCAGCAAUGAGGACACCGGGACACACAGGAUGAAGAUAUAAAGAGAACAUGAAGAAAACAUUUGAUCUGGUUCCAAUUCUCACCCUCAUGAGAACUCGGAGGUCAAUGGGCCAUUUGCUCAAAUAUUGAAGGUCGACAGAAAAGUAUAGGGGCAUAUAGGUGACAUCAUGUCUGAGGCAGGGAAGGUCCUCCACCUGUACGUCGAAGUAAGGUCUGUUGCUGAGGAGGAAGGCAAGGUGCCAGUAAGAGGAGAUGAUGGUACUGGCAGACAAACACUUCAGUGCCCGGACAUCCUCCCUCACUCCCAGAGAUGCUCUCUCUACUCCAGUCAAGAUCUUUCUUCAGUCUUUCAGAACCAAGCAAGAGUUGGAAGCAACAGCUUACCCUCCUCAAAGUCCUCCUCCAGACACUCAGUCAGCUUCCAACUCAGAGAACCUGAUCCUACAGGGUCUCCAACCCAGGUCCACCGCCAAGAUGUAUUCUAUGACAGGUUUGGUCAAAUACUCAAGGUCCUUGCACCUCGAACUGGUCCAGGCCAGCUUGACUCACUGGGACGGACCCAUUCCUCUGACACAGAUCCCCACCGGAGAAGUGUGAACAUCUCUCCCUCUUCUACAUACUCUGAUAGGCUGACCUUACCCUCGACACCUCUCAGCAACUGCAGAUCCUCUGAGAUGUCAGGGGUGGAAGUUGAGGAAGGAAAGACAUCUGUGGUGACCUUUGGCUACAUAGAGAAAGCUAAUGUUCACAGCCGCCGUACCUCUGUGUGCCAAAAUGAGUUUGACUAUCCUCUUAACAGAUUAGAGGGUCAGUUACUGCCUCCACACCUCCGGAAGAGGAUGAGUGACCCAGUGUGGUACAAUGGUCAGCCAAGGCAGGGCGAUCCUUACCCCAGUUACCCUUACCCAUUCCCUGAAAGCUCCCCCUACAUUCAGAGGUCUACCAUGGAUUCAGUUGCGAGAGAUUCCACCUACAGGGCCUUGGAGGAGUUUGGCUCCCCAGAGCUCAGACGGAGGUUUUCUGGUUACAGCACCCAGAAUGGCAGUCCGACCCUGUCACGGCACUGCCAGACCCCCCGUUGCCGGUCUUGGGGAGGGUCACCCGUCCUGCCCCGCAGCACCCUCACCCUGCCAUCCAAGACCCAGCUCAUGGAGAUGGACAGGGGAGUCUGCCGUAGUUUAAUGAAUGGACUACCCAGAAGUCCUGCUUCUGACCAGCUAUGUGCCCACACUGGAUAUUCUUCCACCUCAAUGACUCCAACCUCACAUUUUUGCUCUCAUCGCAUGCCUCAAAGCAAGCAGAGGCCAUGGGUGGGGGAUGAGAGCCCCAGGUUGUCUAGCAAAUUUCACCCACCUUUACCUGCGGGGCGACCCACAGACAUCCAGCAUGAGAUCCCACCUAACAUGUACCAAAACAGCAACCAUUCCAGAGUGGGCUACCAAGUUAGUGGGGACGGUUUUAAUAAAUGCCACAGUUCUAACAUCACCAAAACCAGUCAUAAUGCUAAAGACAGUGUUCGGUAUUGUGUUAAUGAGAACUCUAACUUAUCCAACAAGACUCACUACAAAUCAUCACGCUGCAGUAGCAGAGCCAGUGAUGCAGUCAGCCCAAGCAGUAACAGGAGAAGCCUCUCACCAUCCUCAAAUGCUGAAGUGGCUUGUAAGUUAGCUGUUGAGGCAGCCAAACUGUCCUCCAUUUUUUCAGACAGGCGAACUCCUUCUCCAACAUCUUCUCAAGCUGAGUCAGUGAGGUCAGAGAGUCCUAAGAUUGGUGGGUCACUCCUGAGAGAAUCUCUACCACAUGUCACUCUUCAUGGGCAAAGUUCCUCUGAAUUUCAACAGGUUGACAACCAGAACCACAGAUAUAAAACCGACAAAGCAAUACCUCAAACCAGACCAGGACGCAUCUCACCUCUCUUGUCCCAAAAAGUCAUAUCUUCACCAUCAUCUCCUGCCUUGCCUGCAAGAUUACACCGCGCAAGCACCUCUCAAUCACCAAUCUUGGAUCCACGGCAGCUAAAGGGUUCAUCACCCUCUGGGAACAUGACAACCCUGCACCGCUACCAGCUCCCACAGUACAAAGGUGAACGCAAACCUCCUGGAAUGGAAGAAAGGCAGUAUGAUCACCUCUUUUAUGGGUCACCUAGGGACAGCCCUGAACUCUCUAGAAGACUUCUGUCCAGCCAAAAUGUAGAAGCAAUGCCUUUGAGCUGGACCUCCAGACACCAGGGGUGGAGGGAAGCUGGACCAGCCCAGGACGGGGGAGAACACUGUGAAAAAAACUACAGAAAUAAAAAGGCUGGAGUUCAACAUCCAAGCAAAGAAGAGUAUCAAAGGAAGGUCCGAGGAGACGAAGAAAUACAAUUUUCAGUUCAGGGGUACCAGAGGCCAGUAAUGUCUAAGGAUCAGAGAGAAGAUAUUCAGGAUCACAGUGGGGUGGCUGGGACAUCAUCUCAAAGCUCGAGUGGAGUAACAGGCAGCAUGGGAGACAGCUCCCAGCUGGACAGAAUUGACAGUUUGUCUCCUGAAACCUCAAGCCAGUCAAGCCAUGAUACAGCAGACACCGGCUCAGGGAUACAGGUCUGCUGGGUGGGCGGAUAAGGGUUUGGUUGGAUAAAAUUGUAUGUGUGUGUAUUAGGAAGCAUUCAUGUUUGUCACGUAUCUCUGAAAAUAUUUGUAUGUGGGCGGUGUGAGGUUGUUUUCCUGCGAAGUUGAACCAUGCAUCUUCCCAUCAUGUCCUGACACAUUUUUACACUGUCCUCAGCAACAAAAGAUAUAAAAUAUAUUCAAAGUUCUUCUCCUCCAGUGAUAUUUAAGUGUUUGUUCCUCUGAAUAUUUUCUUAUGGGUUCUCUAAAUAAACAUUAAAAUUAAGUAAUUAUCUUCUUUAUAUAACAGUUAAUCUUGUUAGCUUUCCAAAAAUGUAACUUUCUUUCUGAUUUUAGAGUUGAAACCUCUCUCUUUUGAAUAAGAUAAGAUAAUACUUUGCCUCUGAAAGCUCUGACCAAUAUAACCAUUUUAUAAUUUUCAAACAAAUUCGCAUUUUUAAUAAAUGUGAUGCUGUUUUGAAGUGUCUUCCUAAAUGCAGUAAAAGGCCUAAUUGUACAAUCUUGUCACCUUGUGUUCCUACUGCUAUGGUGCUUGCCAGUCUGAUUGGCUGUCGGCAUAUUGUUUGUACAAAUUUUUGGUAGUGAGGUGACAACAGUAAAAGUUGCUUUGUUCGACAUUUAUUAUCUCCUGAUCCAACAUCAAGCUGUCAGUUUCAGUAAAAAUUCUUUGAAACACAAUGAGAAGCCGGGAAAGGCUCAACACAGUGGCACAGAAAUCUUGCCAACAUUAAGUGUGACACAAACAAUUGGUCUCAAAGCAAUAAAAACAAUGGGUUUCAAUGGA